GUACUGCCUGACACGAGAAGAAGAGCGCUCGAAUCUUGUCAACGUGACAACUCAUCUCCGUUCUCCAUCUGCAGCAACCAUUAUGGUCAAGUACCUCGGUAAGGAAGUCGGCCCCAUCGGAUUCGGGCUCAUGUCCCUCACUUUCAACGCCAACCACUCCGUUGAACACUCCAUCGCCUGCAUGAAGGCCGCGCUCGAAGCCGGCGCGAACGUCUGGAACGGCGGCGAGUUCUACGGCUCGCCCGAGCACAACUCCCUCCACAUCGUCAAGGCGUACUUCGAGAAGUACCCCGAGGACGCCGACCGCGUCAUCCUCUCCAUCAAGGGCGCCGUGGCCGGCGUCAGCAUCGGACAGCCUACGCCGGACAACUCGCCCGAGGGCAUCCGCCGCAGCGUGGAUUUCUGCUUGGGCAUCCUGCAGGGCGUGAAGAAGAUCGACGUCUUUGAGCCCGGGCGAAGAGAUGCGUCAGUGCCGGUGGAGACAAUGAUCAAGGCGCUGAAGGAGCUCGUCGACGAGGGGAAGAUUGGCGCUAUUGGCCUGACGGAGGUCGGUGCGGAGACCAUUCGCGAGGCUGCGAAGUAUGCCCCCAUCGACGGCGGCGUCGAGGUCGAGUUCUCGGCGUGGUUCACGGACAUCCUCGACAACGGCGUCGCAAAGGCCUGCGCGGAGCUGGACAUCCCCAUCAUCGCGUACUCGCCUCUUGGCGCCGGUUUUCUGACCGGGCAGAUUAAGUCCAUCGACGACCUUGCACCUACCGACUACCGCCGUCACUCCCCGCGCUUCCAGCCCGACGUCUUCGACGUUAACCUUCAGCUCGUACGCGCCGUCGAGGGACUCGCGAAUCGCAAGGGCGUCACCAUCGCGCAGGUAGCGCUCGCCUGGGUCGUCGCGCAGAGCGCCAAGCCAGGCAUGCCGACUAUCAUCCCAAUCCCGGGAUCGAAGAGCGUGGAGAAGAUCAAGGAGAACUCGACACUGGUUGAGCUCACGAGCGAUGAGCUGAGCGAAAUCGAUACGAUGUUGCGCGAGUUCAAGCCCAAGGGAGAGCGAUUCCCGGCGCGGUUGGCGAAGUAUAACUUUGCGUGACGAAGGAAAGUGUAAAGAAUCGCGUAGUAAUAACAAUCUUCGUAUGGAGGACGUCGGAUACAAGCCUGAG